UUUAGUGAGCAUAUUUUGCUAGAAAUUCAUAUCAAUCUGCUUCAAUUUCACAAUGACAAUGUUUUACUUUCAUUUUGGAUAGUUCACAUGUAUUUCUAACAUGCGAUUUGAUUGGUUGAAAUUCCACUGCAGUAAUAAAUCCAGCCAUUCACGUUCCACGUAACAUUACCUGACAAAUUGCAUACAAAUCCUUGAAGAUAGUAGAAAUGUAAACAAAUUUAAUAUUUAUGGUGUUUUACAUAUAUGCAGUUACAUGCAAUUAUGGAAGGUGUCUACUUUGAUUAAUAAAGUGUCUAUGGAUAAUAAAACAAGGAUCGUUGGUGAAGAUGAUGGCGGUGUUAUGUUCACUCCUGAUCAGUAUGAAGCAUACAAGAAAAAAGUUCUACCAAUGAGGUUGGAAAACCGAAUCUUCACUGCUUGGAGCUCCCCAACUGGUAUGGAUUGUAAACUGAUUGGACCAGAAACCCAAUGCUUCUGUCAACACAAGUAUGUUCAGCACAAGACUGAUUUUGAGAAGAUCCCUUCAGAAAGACCGAUUCUGGUUCCCUGCAAGAUCAAGGGCUGCGGGUGCAAGAGUUACCAUUAUGUACCCAAGAACGGGACCCAGCCUAUCCGUUGUUCCUGCAAGCACUUUGCUGAUGAGCAUUCGGCUGUCCGACCUCACAAGUGCAAGAAUGCUGGUUGCAAGUGCUCUGGAUUCCUGAGCUCCUACACAUGCGGAUGUGGACAGCCCUACGAUGCCCACACAAUGAUCACAGAGACAAAGGAGGAAAGGGUUGCUCGGGGUCAUCCAGUGGGGCAGGACGUACCCUAUCAGGCCAUGGGGGGACUUACAGGGUUCUCCUCACUAAUGGAGGGUUACAUGAGACUAGACCCAAGUGGAAUUGGGGCACCACCUGAUGAAUAUUUAAAUCAGCCUAUCACAUCGUCUGACCAUCCAUUUCUCCGCGCCAAUGUUGAAUCCAUUAGACAAUAUAAGCUGAACCAAAAAGCUAUUGCAGGGCGUCAAGGCCAAGCAGGUCCAAGUCAGGAGGAGAUUGACGCUGAUCUGGCCGAGAGGAUGUCCGCCAUGAGACGCCCUGGGGAGUCCGAGAUGGACUACUAUGAGAGGAGAUACCAGGAACGGCAAAAGGCAGAGAGGUUAAAGGCACGAGGAGCCCGUGCAUUGCCUGCAACAAAGAUGGCGGUGGGAAAACGUGCUGUGGCUCCGAAAAAGUGAUUGAUAUGAUACAGAAACACUCAUUUGACUGUGAUAUUCUUGUUUUGUUUGAAAUUGUUUUAUUAUUCUUCUGACACAUUAAGCUGACACGUACCUUAACACAUGAAUACAUUUUCAAUCUUUUAUGCCGGUUUUCUUGGUUCCCAUGCUGUUAGCAUGGUAAAAUAGACAAAAUAGACAAAGUAAUUUAGUGCAAAAACAAUGUUUGUGUACAAGAAAUCAGCACAAAUUGUGAAUCAUAACUUACACUCAAACAUAUGCCAUAUUUUCAGGUCCAUUGUUUUGCGUAUACAUUUAAGAAGUGACUGGUUGAGGUGUUUGAUAUUUAUCAUGACAUGUUUUUAUUGCACAAGUGUAUUCAGCUCUUGCAAGUAAUCGAUGUUAUAAUAUGAAAAAGUAUGCACCAUAUUGUGUGACACUUUUACUCUUAUUAGGUUAUCAAAUUGAGCUAACUGUAUUAAAUGCAUGUGAUAUGCCUUCUCUCCAACUUUAAUCAAAUUUAAUGUAAAUUAUUUAUGUUUUCAUACAUAAAUUUAUAAAUGUUUUUUGUUUUUUUGGUGAUAAUAUCCUAUUUGUUAUGGUACAGUCAAUGAAAGAGAUAAGGAUAAAAUAUCUUUCGCCUGAGGAAAAGGUUUGAUUGUCUGACCCAGAAAAACAGUAGAAAAUUCCAGGUAUGAUGUCAUUAAACUUAGUAUCACUCUUAUUUCAGAUUGGCAGUUCCAUUAUUUUAUAAACCUAAUAUCAUUAAAAUGUCUUAAAUAAUUUAAAAAAACAACAUCAUGUUCUGGUUAAUACAAUUUCUUAAAUCUAAUUGGUGUUGUUAAAAUAUGUGUAUAUUGUAAGUAACAAACUUCAACUCUCAACUCCAUAAGUACUUUUUGCUACUUAAUGUAAUGUAAAACAACUUCAAUGCACUCAUUCAAUGGAGGGGGUUUAAGGAGUUACUCUUUCAGCGUUUGGCAAUUUCAUCGGUUCGAUGGUCGCACUACUUUCUCGCUUCUCAAAUUAUUGCAUUCACACUUUAAUUAAGCCAUAACCAUGCUGUGUAGAUUUGUAAGAGCAUCCCCUGUGCCCAACUUUUCAAUUCAUGUUACUGAACAAUCUACAUUGGUAUAGGUCUUGUUUGUGACCAAGCUCUUGUUAAAUGUGGUGUAUGCAUCGCUCUUUAGUCUCUGUUUUAUUAUUUGAAAAUACAUUGUAUAUUAAUUCAUGCACA